GCUACACACUCGCAGCACCAAGCUCCUUUUCCUUUCGUUUCGGUUCUUUUGGUCCUUGAUUGUCUCCUGGAUAUAUCUGCUCGCUAUUUACUUUUCCUGCAGAUAUGUCGGCAACGCAGCUGCUGAAUCCCAAGGCGGAGUCGAGGCGGAGAGCGGAGGCUCUGAAGGUGAACAUCAACGCUGGUGAAGGGCUUCAAGAUGUUCUGAAGUCAAACCUUGGUCCCUCGGGGACUCUGAAGAUGCUGGUAGACGGUGCUGGUGGUAUUAAGUUGACCAAGGAUGGAAACGUGUUGUUACGCGAGAUGCAAAUUCAAAACCCCACCGCCGUCAUGAUUGCUCGGGCUGCGACUGCUCAAGAUGAUAUCACAGGUGAUGGAACAACGUCGGUUGUGUUGUUGGUUGGAGAACUUCUUAGGCAGGCGGAUCGUCACAUCUCAGAAGGAUUGCACCCCCGAGUUAUAACCGAUGGUUAUGAAAUCGCAAAGAAUGAAGCUCUGAAGUUCCUCGAUAAGUUCAAGAUCGAACGGGCGAUUGAUCGCGAACUUCUUCUUUCCGUCGCUCGAACCUCGCUCAGCACGAAGCUGAACAGCGCCCUCGCCGAGAAGCUUACUCCCGAUAUUGUUGAUGCCGUUCUUGCGAUCCACCGAGCUCCGGAAAAGCCAGACCUGCACAUGGUUGAGAUCAUGACCAUGCAACACCGCACUUCUUCCGAUACACAGCUUAUCCGUGGUCUUGCACUGGACCAUGGUGCCAGACACCCGGAUAUGCCGAAGCGCGUCGAGAACGCCUUUAUUCUUACCCUUAAUGUCAGUCUCGAGUACGAAAAGUCAGAGAUUAACUCUGGGUUCUACUAUUCAUCGGCCGAGCAAAGGGAUAAGCUGGUGGAAAGUGAGCGUAAAUUCGUGGAUGCGAAACUGCAGAAGAUUGUCGAACUUAAGAAGCAGGUCUGUGGCGAUGACCCCAAGAAGGGCUUCGUUGUUAUCAACCAGAAGGGAAUUGAUCCCCUGAGUUUGGACGUCCUUGUGAAGAACGGAAUAAUGGCUCUGCGGAGAGCUAAGCGGAGGAACAUGGAACGCCUUCAGCUGAUUUGCGGGGGUACCGCCCAAAACAGUGUAGAAGAUCUCAGCCCUGAGGUUCUUGGAUGGGCCGGCCUUGUUUAUGAGCACCAGCUCGGUGAAGAGAAAUACACCUUUGUGGAGGAGGUCAAGGACCCCAAGUCUGUCACUAUCCUUAUUAAAGGUCCCAACGGACACACCAUUGCACAGGUCAAGGAUGCGGUACGGGAUGGUCUUCGAUCAGUGUACAAUACCAUCGUCGAUGGCUGUGUCAUUCCUGGAGCGGGAGCCUUCCAAGUCGCCUGCCAUGCUCACCUAACAUCGGACAGCUUCCGCAAAUCCGUUAAGGGGAAAGCCAGGUGGGGUGUCGAGGCAUUCGCUGACGCUCUUCUGGUUAUCCCUAAGACUUUGGCGGAUAAUUCUGGACACGACAUCCAGGACUCUCUGGCCUUAUUGCAGGAGGAACAGGCAGACGGCAACGUUGUCGGCCUCGACCUCACUACCGGUGAACCUAUGGAUCCUGUGCAGGAAGGCGUGUUUGACUCGUUCCGCGUUCUGCGGAACUGCAUCGCUUCCAGUACAGGUAUCGCCUCGAACCUACUUCUCUGUGACGAGCUUCUGAAAGCCAGGCAGAUGGGUAAACAAGGUGGACCCGGCGGCAUGGAGUAA